AUGGACACGCGUUUCCACUGCGUGUACUUGCUCACCAGCCUCGACCCUCAGUGCGAGGGUGACUUUUAUAUUGGCUACACCGUGAACCCCUUGCGGCGGCUGCGACAGCACAAUGGCGAGCUCGUGAACGGCGCCCGACGCACGAGUCGUCGUGGCCGUCCGUGGACGAUUGUGUGCUGUGUCUCGGGCUUCACCGACGAUCGAGCCGCGCUGAAGUUUGAGUGGUGCUGGCAGCACCCAACCGUAUCCGCGCGGCUGAGGAACACGAUUGACGUUCUCACAGGCCUGCGGCGUCUUCCCUAUGCAGUGGCCACUCUGCACCUCCUCGUGCGCGCUUCCCUCUUCUGUCAGCUGGAUCUGACGCUGCACAUCUUUGAGCCUGCACUCUUACAGGAGGCGACGGCCAGGGCGGAGGUGUUCCUGGCGACCCGCCGUGGUGCCUUGGCCGUAGGCAGAGGGCUACGAGUUGAGUCACCUCGAGCGAGCCCACAGCAGCAUUCGCAAAGAAGCGCGUCCGUGCCAGGGCAGGCAGACGAUAAUGCGACACCGCCGCCGCCCGCACUCGACUCUCAAGGAGGACUGCAGGAUGCACCGCUGUCGUCGACCCUCGCAACCACCACGGCCACUUCUCGCAUUCUCCCCCCGCUUACCCCGUCGCUUUUGUUUCAUGUCGAGGCUACAACGCGGCAGGCCUUCGAGGAUGCCCACCUAAGUCACGAUCGGUGCCUGUUGCUGCCUGGCGUAGGGACGAGUGUAGACCUGAGGGGGGCAGAGAAGGGGGGCAGCCCCAUGAGCGCGACUGCCGGCAGCUUCUGUCCGUAUGAUGUAUCGUUGCUGUGCGAGGCGGUUCGAGCGGAGUGGUCGCACGCCUCCUUUGCCUCUGACUCGGACGACGAGGGCACGCGGCGGCUCGCGCCCUAUUGCCGCACCGCAGCCUCGCGCACGCCAUCGCCACAGCGCGUUUGCACAGAGUCCAUGCCAGAUCUUCUCGGCUACCGCAGCGAAGGGCGCGCGGGCGACAGCGACCUGGAAGUAUACUCAGGUAGUAGUCUCGGCUGCGGUGCGGCGUCACGCUCCUUCUCCUCGCCUCCCCCACCACUAGAGUCUUCGCAGCUGUCGACUUCGUGUUUACCAUUGCCCCCAGACGUCAACGCAUCCGCUUCAUUCGUAGUGGACGCACUUCAUGACAGCGUCCCGGCUGCCUAUCUGUCUACCACAGCGGCGGCACCCACUCCACAACCCCGCAUCCCACUGCGUUUCGCGGGCCAUGGCGAGGUAGACUUUGCACGCGCCCACGCAGAGGAGCAAAAUUGUCUUCAUCACGGACUGCUGCCGUGCAGUCUCUGCGCGUUGCCACUGCAACCUUCGGUUGUGGCGUACUGCAGCCGUGCGCCUUUCUGCGCCCUGCGCUGCCAUCUGAGCUGCUUGGCGAUGUGGAUGCUGUAUUCUGAGGCAGAGGCCGCGACCACCGUAGACGGUGCUGAUACCAGCCCUGCGCCACUUUCGCAAGCACCGCCGGCGCCCCUAUCCCCGCUUCGUCGACUGAUUCCCUCCCAGCCAUGCCCAUGCCCCCUCUGCGGUGUCCUCCUGCACUGGGGCCCGCUCGUGAAGGCGUUGAAGAAGCGCGUGGUUGUGGAGCGGCGCCUAUACGCGGCACAGCGGCGCAUUCGCAUGGAACAACGGUGGCAGGCACGCCUGAACCACAUCAACACGGCAAAGAGAGGCACCGGUGCGGCGACACGGCGCCGACCGCGGACGCGGGUGAGCGCUGCCGCGCUGCUGAAAGGCGGCGAAGAGGCAGUCCGUGCUGCUUCGACUACAGCAGUGCCCACUAUCCAUGCAGGGCUGGCACUACAAAAUAAACGGCGGGUGCGGUCGCCGAGUUCUUUGGGUGAACCUCCACUGGCACCACUCGCUGCUGCCGCCUCUUGUCCCUCUCCCUCCAUCUCUUUUGCGGCGUCGUCUCCCACGGCGAGCGCGUCGGCGAUGCUUUGCCACCAUGGUGCCUUGACGAGCGCUACUGGCACUAAUACUACCGUUGCUGCUAUGGUGUCUGACGCGUCUCUCUUGUCUCUGACAGACUUCUGUGAGGAUGACUGGCUGUAG